AUGAUUGGGAAUGGAUGGGAAUGGAUGGGAAUGGAUGAGAAUGAUUGGGAAUGGAUGGGAAUGGAUGAGAAUGAUUGGGAAUGGAUGGGAAUGGAUGGGAAUGGUUGGCAAUGGAUGGGAAUGGAUGGGAAUGCUUGGCAAUGGAUGGGAAUGGAUGGGAAUGGUUGCGAAUGGAUGGGAAUGGAUGAGAAUGAUCAGGAGUAA